AUGCCCGCCAUGUACAUAUCCACGACUAUUCCCCUCCUGCUCGCCUCCGCUGCCUGGGCAGCCUCCCAGAUCGCCCCCGACGCCGUGGCUGCCCAGUACACACUCGCGACAAGCACGUCCCUGCCCUACCCCUCCGCUACACAGUCCUCGAGCGACACGCAGAGCCAUCUCGUCGCGAACUGGGGCCUCAACCGCGCCCGCAUCCAGGAUGGGCCCGACAACCUCGAGUUCGUGGGUGAUCCGUUCCCAAACAACCCGCCCACUGGUGCACCUGGGGUCACCUCGCCGUCGGGGCCGGUGCUGCGGGUGACGUACCCCGAGGGCAGUUUCUCGCACGACACUGGUGGGGCGCAAUUCUAUGCACUAUGGAACACGAGCGACGGCUCAAACUUCAACACGAUGAUGGUCUCAUACGAGGUUGCCUUUGACUCUGGGUUCGACUGGGUGAAGGGUGGUAAACUGCCUGGUAUCCGUGGUGGUCUCAACUCCACUGGGUGCUCAGGCGGUAACAAGGCCGAUGGACUCGACUGUUUCAGCUCUCGCCUCAUGUGGAGGAAGAGCGGUACUGGAGAAGUCUACGCCUACAUCCCGACGCCGAACAACCUGUGCUCGGAGAAGUCCAUAACCUGCAACUCAGACUUCGGCGUGUCCGUCCAGCGAGGGAACUUUGGGUUCGUCAGUGGCGAAUGGGUCCGAGUCACACAGCUCGUGCAGCUGAAUAACCCGCCUAAUGUUGCCAACGGCUACAUCGCGCUUUACUUCAACGAUAUCUUGGUCGUCUCGCAACAAGACCUGCAGAUUCGUGCCAGCAACUCAGUUGCGGCGAAUGGAUUCUACUUCUCGACCUUCUUCGGUGGCUCUGACACCAGCUGGGCGACCCCAGUGACCACCCACACCUACUUCCGCAACAUCCGUCUGUGGGGCAGCAACGCGGCGUCGAACUUGUCAGGCAACGCAGUCAGCCCGGCGCCACGGAGCACGACGAACAGCCUGGUGACGCUGGUACUUUCUCUUUUCACCAUCGUGGCAGCGACGGCGUUUUGUAUCUAA